AUGGGGAAGGGAAAACAGCAAACGGAUCAACAAGAAAAUAACAAAGAAUGCAACAAUGGCAAUAAAAUGGAAGAGAAGAAGAGCACAAAUGAAGAAAAUAAGAAUAAUGCAAAAGGGGUUAUUAUCAUAUUGGGUGUUUAUAUUCAUUGUCAAGGUUGUAAAGAAGAAGUGCUUAAAUCCCUUCGAGGCUUUGAUGGUGUUGAGGAGAUUGAGGUUGAUGAAAAAAACCAUAAGGUGGUGGUGAAAGGGAAAAAGGCAGAUCCUUUGAAGGUGGCAGAGAGACUGAGAAAGAAGAGUGGUAAACAUGUGGAACUAAUAUCUCCAAUAAUUCCACCUAAGAAGAAAGAAGAGAAGAAGGAAAUAAAACAACAGCCUAAGGUGGUUGAAGUAAUUCUGAAAUUAUACUUACACUGUGAAGGAUGUGCCAAAGAUGCCAAGCAAUGUAUUCACAAAAUGCCAGGAGUUCAAACUGUGGAUCCAGAGAUGAAGAACAACCUUGUGAAAGUUAAAGGAUCAAUGGAUCCUCAAAAAUUGGUAGAAUUCAUCAGCAAAAGAGCAGGGAAACAUGCUGAGAUUGUCAAGUCCAGUAAAAUAGACAAAGAACAGAAAAAUGAAAAGCCAGAAUCUGAUAAAAAUAAGGCAACUGAUAUUAAAAAGGAUGGUUGCUCUUGCAAACAUGAAUAUCCUUAUCCACCUCAACUUGUUUAUGCCCCUCAGCUUUUCAGUGAUGAGAAUCCUAAUUCUUGCUCCAUCUUGUGA